GACAGGAGGAAUAAGGGCGAUGGUAAGACUGCUGAGUCGCAUGGGCUUUGAGGUGAUAGACAGACUUGGUGAUGGCUGUUUCUGCAAAGUUUUUCUGGCCAAAUCUUAUUGGCAUCUGGGUCAUGUCGCUAUUAAAGUAAGUGACUGCAAGAAGAUGCCAAAAUACAUGAUUUAUAAAAAUUUUCCCAGAGAGCUUGAUAUAAUGCAUCAAGUGCAUCACCCUCACAUUGUGGAGGCUUAUGAAACGUACAAGACACGCAAAGGACUCGUCAUUGCUGUAAUGGAACCUGGCAAGACGAGAUUAGAGGAUUUUAUUGAUGAUGAAGGAGCUCUCCCUCUGCAAAAGGCCAAGCGCUGGUUCACUCAACUUUUGAGUGCUGUGGUCUAUCUCCACGAGAAGGACAUUGUUCACCGUGACAUAAACUGUGAAAAUAUUAUCCUCACUUCAGAUUUAGACCAACAGCUCAAAUUGAUGGACUUUAGUUUUAGCCGCAAAUCAAGAGGCUUCCCUGAAUUAUGCAAGGCGCCUUUGGUUGAGUCUUGCUACAAUGCACCUGAGGUGCUUAGGAGGCAGCCCUAUGAUGCUAAAAAGAAUGACGUCUGGAGCCUCGGGAUAACUCUCUACGCCAUGAUCACUGGAGAUCUAGACAUGUACCAGGACUUAGAGAUCAUCCAAGAGUUUCAGCGUCAUCCGCUAUAUUAUCCAUUCCAUGUGGAUAAAUCUGUACGAGAAUUCAUUUCCUACAUUCUGCAGCACGAUCCUUUUACUCGGCCCUCUGCGGCUGAGGUGGCACUUCACCCCUGGCUGCAAACCAAUGAUUAUAGGAGUGAUGGGGAAAGCAGCAGAGAAAGUUUACAAACCCCCCCAUCUGCUACCUAACCACCACUAUCUGCCCCUUUAUAGCCCCAUUUGCCCCCGCAUCUGCUACCUAACCCCCCCUAUCUGCUACCUAACCACCACUAUCUGCCCCUUUUUAGCCCCAUUUGCCCCCGCAUCUGCUACCUAACCACCACUAUCUAAUGGAAAUAUAGCCAGUUAAACUAAUGGAAAUAUAGCCAGUUAAACUAAUGGAAAUAUAGCCAGUUAAACUAAUGGAAAUAUAGCCAGUUAAACUAAUGGAAAUAUAGCCAGCUGAACUAAUGGAAAUAUAGCCAGUUGAACUAAUGGAAAUAUAGCCAGUUGAACUAAUGGAAAUAUAGCAAGCUGAACUAAUGGAAAUAUAGCCAGUUGAACUAAUGUAAAUAUAGCCAGCUGAAUUUAUGGAAAUAUAGCCAGUUAAACUAAUGUAAAUAUAGCCAGCUGGACUAAUGGAAAUAUAGCCAGCUGAACUAAUGGAAAUAUAGCCAGUUAAAAUAAAGGAAAUGUAGCCAGCUGGACUAAUGGAAAUAUAGCCAGUUAAACUAAUGGAAAUAUAGCCAGUUAGUCAGUAAAGCAAAGGGAAAUAGUCAGUUAAGAUAAGGGAAAUAUAGUCAGCUGAACUAAUGAAAAUAUAGCCAGCUCAACUAAUGGAAAUAUAACCAGCAGAACUGGGGGAAAGGGAAAUAUAGUCAGCUCAACUAAUGGAAAUAUAGCCAGCUCAACUAAUGGAAAUAUAGCCAGUUUAACUAAAGGAAAUAUAGCCAGUUAAACUAAUGGAAAUAUAGCCAGUUUAACUAAAGGAAAUAUAGCCAGUUGAACUAAUGGAAAUAUAGCCAGGUAGACUAAAGGAAAUAUAGCCAGCUACACUAAUGGAAAUAUAGCCAGCUAAACAAAUGGAAAUAUAGCCAAUUAAACUAAUGGAAAUAUAGCCAGUUUAACUAGGAGGAAAUAUAGCCAGAUAAACUAAUGGAAAUAUAGCCAGCUGAACUAAUGGAAAUAUAGCCAGUUGAAUUAAAGGAAAUAUAGCCAGUUAAACUAAAGGAAAUAUAGCCAGUUAAACUAAAGGAAAUAUAGCCAGUUGAACUAAUGGAAAUAUAGUCAGCUAAACUAAUGAAAAUAUAGCCAGUCAAACUAAUGGAAAUAUAGCCAGCUGAACUAAUGGAAAUAUAGCCAGCUAAACUAAUGGAAAUAAAGCCAGUUUAACUAGGAGGAAAUAUAGCCAGUUAAACUAAUGAAAAUAUAGCCAGUUGACCUAAUGGAAAUAUAGCCAGUUAAACUAAUGGAAAUAUAGCCAGCUGAACUAAUGGAAAUAUAGCCAGCUGAAUUUAUGGAAAUAUACCCAGUUAAACUAAAGGAAAUAUAGCCAGUUAAACAAAAGGAAAUAUAGCCAGUUAAACUAAGGGAAAUACAGACAGUUAAACUAAUGGAAAUGUAGCCAGUUAGUCAGUAAAGCAAAGGGAAAUAUAGUCAGUUAAGAUAAGGGAAAUAUAGUCAGCGGAACAAAUGGAAAUAUAGCCAGCUGAACUAGGGGGAAAGGUAAAUGUAGUCAGCUCAACUAAUGGAAAUAUAGCCAGUUAAUCAGUAAAGCAAAGGGAAAUAUAGUCAGUUAAGAUAAGGGAAAUAUAGUCAGCUGAACAAAGGGAAAUAUAGCCACUUGAACUAAUGGAAAUAUAGCCAGCUAAACUAAAGAAAAUAUAGCCAGCUGAAUUUAUGGAAAUAUAGCCAGUUAAACUAAUGAAAAUAUAGCCAGUUAAACUAAAGGAAAUAUAGCCAGUUGAACUAAUGGAAAUAUAGCCAGUUAAACUAAUUGAAAUAUAUCCAGUUAAACUAGGAGGAAAUAUAGCCAGCUAAAUAAGGGAAAUAUAGCCAGUUAAUCUAAUGGAAAUAUAGCCAGUUGAACUAAUGGCAAUGUAGCCAGUUAAACUAGAAGGAAAUAUAGCCAGCUAAGCUAAUAGAAAAUAUAGCCAGUUAAGCUAAGGGAAAUAUAGCCAGCUAAAAUAAGGGAAAUAUAGCUAUUUAAGAUAAGGGGAAAUUAUAGCCAGUUAAGCAGUGAAGAGCCAGGCUAGGAACAUUAGGAACAGGGCAGCAGUAUAGAUAAAUUACAGAAAUUGUAAUGAGACAUUAUUCAAAAGCUAGAGUUAAAGAUUGAGAGUGUGUCUGAGUCCUGUAGAUUAAUAGGGAGGUUAUUCCAAAGUUGGGGAGCUUUAUAAAAGAAAGCUCUUCUUCCUGCAUAGUUUUUUCUAAUAUCCGGGACUAAUAACAGGCCAGCGUCUUGGGAGCGGAGUGACCGUGGCAGAUUGUAAGGUGUAAGAAGUUCUUCUAGAUAAUGCGGGGCGAGACCAUUAAGGGAUUUAUAUGUCAGGAGAAGUAUUUUAAAAGUAAUGUGAUCAAACUUUCUAGUAUAAUUAAGUGACUUUCUAUGUCUACAGUAUUAACAUUUAUGUUUUUAUCAAUAUUAGGGUCUAAUAGUGUAACAUGGAGGAGGCAGGAUGUAAACGCAAGUCAGGUUUAUUUUCCAUUAUUACAAAAUAAACAAACAACAAAACACUAAGGAAGAACUACAAAGAAAAAAGGUUACUGAAACAAACAGUAAAAAACAAAGGUUAAACUAAAAGACUUAAACAAGCAAAAUAAGCAAACAACGAAACUAAAUCUAGAAAACACACCAGAACACUGUAGACAAAUACACAGUAGAUCCAAAGAGAGUAACAAGACGAGUUCAAACCAAAAGCACGACAAACAACAAAGGAGCACAUGGGGUAUUUAUACACAGGCACACUGUGGUUUAUUUUCCAUUAUUACAAAAUAAACAAACAACAAAACACUAAGGAAGAACUACAAAGAAAAAAGGUUACUGAAACAAACACUAAAAACAAAGAAUAAACUAAGACAAGCAAAAUAAGCAAACAAAGAAACAAACUCUAGAAAACAAACUAGAACACUGUAGACAAAAAACACGAUAGAUCCAAACAGACUAACAAGACGAGUUCAAACAAAAAGCACGACAAACAACAAAGGAGCACAUGGGGUAUUUAUACACAGGCACACACUAGGGGUUGCAGAUGACAAGACGGGGCUAAGGCGGAGACAGGACCAAAACACAGUAGCACAUGGCUGGGAAACAUGACAGGUAAACAAAACAAGAGAACAGAAGACAGGCUAAGGUGUGACAAAUAGAAGGUCUUAUCAUAUUAAGUAAGAGAAAGUGUGUGUGUCAUCCAAUUUUUAAUCUCUUUAAUACAGUCUGUUAUUUGAUUUAGACAGAGGUCCUCGUUGGGUUUAGCAGAUAUGUAAGAUGCGUGUCGUCAGCAUAGCAGUGAAACUUAAUACCAUGCCUACGGAUGAUGUUACCCAGCGGUAACAUGAAAAGAGUAAUGGACCCAGUAUUGAUCCUUGAGGGACACCAUAUUUUACUCUAGACUGAUAAGAUAUUGGUAUUGAUCUCUCAGAUAAGAUCUGAACCAGGUGAGGGCAGAUUCUUUAAUUCCAAUUAGAUUUUCUAACCUAUCAAGCAGAAUAGCGUGAUCUAUAUAAGAUCUAGCAGUACAAGGAUGGCAGUACUGCUCCUGAAGAGCUGAAAGUAAAUCAUUAGUUACUCUAAGUAGAGCUGUUUCAGUGCUAUGGUUUUGUCUAAAUCCAGAUUGAAAAACCUCAUGCAUACUAUUACUUUGUAGAUAUAAGCCCAGCUGCUUAAACACUAUUUUUUUUUUUUUUU